UGCAAGCAAAGCCCGAGCUCUUGCACGACUGGAUCAGUUCACUACGGCUUGGCUGUGACUGUCUCUCACUCUCUAUGCACACUGCCAGGACUGUGUGCGUGUGUGUGUGGACCGUGCAAAGGAGGGGACUACGAGACGGAGCUGGAGGGAAUAACACUUUGGAUUUGGAUACUAAACUGGAAAACUACCAAGCCUGCGCCCUGCCUUGCCUUGCCUUGCCUUGCUUUGCUUUUGCACACAUCGCUUUCGCCGUCUCCUCGUCGCCUGACGUCGGAUUGCGGCGAGAAUGGAGCUCCCUGCCGCCGGGGAACACGUCUUUGCGGUGGAGGGCAUCGAAAAGAAGCGCAUUCGCAAGGGGAAGAUUGAGUACCUGGUCAAGUGGCGGGGAUGGUCUCCAAAAUACAACACAUGGGAGCCAGAGGAAAACAUCCUUGACCCCCGCCUCCUGGUUGCAUUUCAACACAGGGAGAGGCAGGAGCAGCUGAUGGGAUAUCGCAAACGAGGGCCGAAACCAAAACAUCUUCUACUGCAGGUACCCUCAUUUGCCCGGAGAUCGAGCAUCCCCGCAGGUUUUGAGGACACAUCUCCAGAUGUAGAAGACUGCCCCAAGUCCGAUCCCAUCCCCGUUCAGCGUCCCCAGCCCCAGCAAUACCAGCUGAACAGCAAGAAGCACCACCAGUACCAGCCCAGCAGCCAGGAGGUCCCUGCAGACCAGCUCACUAACAGCAAGAAGAAGUACAUCUACCAGCUGAACAGCAAAAAGCACCACCACUAUGAGCCUGACCCUAAUAUGUAUGACGCCCAGGCUUCAAGGCUCAAAAAGGUGGUCAAAGUUCAAGAAGCAGACGGUAAACCAGCCAACCCUGGCUGGAACCUGCCUCUGGCACUGCAGCAGAAAUGGGUUCGUGACAAAGACACAGGCUGCUUGAGUAAAGUCAAAGAGCUAGCAGUGGAGGUCAGGAAACCUGCUCCCAAAGAGGCCGAAAGUGAACAUGCCCUUAAGCCCGAUCCUAAGGACGCAACCCUGCCCAGUUCUGUCAGCAGCAAAAUGAAGAUAAUCAAGAAUAAAAACAAGAAUGGACGUAUUGUUAUCGUCAUGAGUAAGUACAUGGACAGUCAUAAAGUGCAUGGAGCAAAGGGCAAACACGGGGAAUCGUCAAGUGGAGAGAAAACCCAAAGUGGGGGCGAGAACAAUCCAGCACACAGAACCAAAAUGGUGGAGAACGGUAUUCCCAAAGAGAUAUGCAGCAGUAGUUCCCUCCCUGCUGCAGAUCACCCCCAAAAGUGUUCCCCGAAGGACAGACACUUCUUUAAACCAUCACCAAGCACAGCAGAAGAAUACAACACAGAAGUGGCUCGCGGCCAGGCGGACUUACCCGACGAUCUACCCCUACAACUGACCGCCAGCUCGCCUUCUACGUCUUGGCCAGCUGACGCCAACAUCCCCACCCCGACAAUUAUGGACCACAUUAGGAUUCCAGCUUAUCCCAGCAGCCGGAAGAGAAAACUCUCCGACUCUGUGGAUGAGAGGAGUGUUUCCAAGAGCUUUCUGGCUUCCAGAAGCCUCAGCGUUCCUAGCACUGGGGUCGGUCCACCUCAGGACAAACCUAUGGACCUUCACUGUCGUGGACGUAGCAGCACAUAUGCAUAUGAUCCAAUGGACUGUGGAGACCAAGAGGAGCCCAUUGAUCUGAGCUGCCGAAAGACAAAGCAGCAGACUGAGUCAGAAAUCCCACCUGAACCUCAGCCUGAGCCCCAACCUGAACUUAAACCUCAAUCUGAGCCGCAACCUGAACUUGAACCACAACCCGACCCGCAGCCUGAACUUGAACCACAACCCGAACCUCAGCCUGAACUUGAAACACAACCCGAACCCCAGCCUGAACUUCAACAACAACCCGAACCCCAGUCUGAACUUCAACAACCUGAACCACAACCUACUGUCAAGGAUGUAAGGGAAGAUACACAGAAGUCGACUAAAGCAGCACCUGCUGAAAAGAUCUGUCCUUUCAUGGGAAAUAUCAUCAUCACGGACAUCACGACAAAUAGUCUGACUGUCACCUUCAAAGAGUAUGUUUCUUUCUAAGGAACCCUUUUAAAGCAACUGACACUGUCCAUAUGUGCAUACUGUAAAAAAAAGGAGAUUUUGUACAUAAGCAAAUUUAUAAUUUAUAAUUCAAAUUCAAUAUGUUUCUUAUGAUGUUUUAUACUGUAACUCCUGAAACGUAGCCCAAGCAAGUGCCCUCGAGGAUUUGAGUGAAUACAUUCAAGAAUCCGUUUAUUUGCUGUUGUUUCAUACCUGUACCAAACUUGUAAUCUUGAGAUGUAUGAAGGUUUAUAUGUAUUUUGUAUUGAUGAUCAUGGAUUAUUUGGAGUCCUGGUGUGCGGUAUAGGGAGGAACGUGGCAGGUCAAAAGUGAUCAAAAAUCAAAGCGAAAGCACUUAAUUCCAUUUCCAUCCGUCGAUUGUCAUUUACCUUCAUUAUGAGUGGACAAACUGCUGCUCUUUUAAAGUCUUUUUCAUUGAUUUUUACUUAAUUUAGUGAUGGAUGUAAUUAAUAAAUUAGCUAAUCGGAAAGAGUCAGAGUGCACUACUAGCUGCAACCAGCAGAGGUGCUGUUGAUUCAGCUGCAUGACAUCAGCUGGGGAAGCAAAGCUAGUCACAACAAAAUUAGGACACCCAGUUUGUGUAAGCGAACGCUUCUACUUCUGAACAGCUGUGGAAAAAAAGGUGAACAUUUGUCAAAACAUGCACCCUUUACUGUGUUGCCUGUGCUAUUAUUUUUCUGACAAAUAUACCACAUUAAUAAACCUGGGUUGAGUCACACAGCUCAAAGCGCUCUCCAAAACACCUACUAUCAGGGUGUUUUGCCAAAUCACUAUGAAAUUUGGUGCACAUUUGGCAAUAAAAUUUAGCAAGAUUGGUUGAAAAACAUGGCCAACAUCAAUCCAAAUGUCUUUCCAGGGGCAUGUGUGGGACUUAACAACUAACUGACCAUUUGCCUAAUGAUAUCUUUAUUACAUGUAUUGCAUGUCUUCCAAAAGCGGGUGUCCUAAUUUCUUCACAUGACUGUACAUCUGCUCUGCGGCAACCCCUACGGGUAGCAUUAGUCUGAUCAAUAUAAGAGAUAAAAAAACAAAAUCGGUCAAUAAUGUCAAAGAAAUGUGCCCAUCCUUACUUAUUAACCGUUCCUGUUAAGCACUUAGAGUGUAGUCUGUCAAACACAUGAUUCUUGGAAUAUACGAUGGAUUAACAUUGUUCAUCUCAGUUUACCGCUCAAAGUUUACUAGUUUUAUUGUCGUUACGUGUUCUGAUAAAGGCAUGUGACUGCUCUUUGCUAAUUACCGGGGAAAUGUGACUCGUCAAAGCUUGGUAUAGACAGUAGUCUACAGUGCGCACGGGCUGUUUAUGUUUUAUGCUGCUUAGAAUGCUAAUGUUGAAUCUGUUGGAUGUACAGUCGAAAUCACCUUGUACGCACAUUGAAUGCAAACACCAGUUAUGAGAAUGCUAACAUUCUAUGAGAAUGAAAUGGAAGAGUGCAUAUUUAUUUGUCAUUAAACAAUAAGCUGCAAGUGA